ACCCCCACCGUAUACCUGCUGGCCCCAGUGGUCAGUGUCUUUAUUACCCAUUCCCCUUUUCCUCCUGUCUCCCCGUUCUUCCAGAGGUGAAAUUGCUCCACCCCAUGCCCUUAGACAGCACUGCUCCAGAAACAUUGCAUUUAACCGAGCAUUAUGUUUAUUCUCUCUUACGAAACCAUAUUAUAAAAAAUACACCUAGUCUUUUAGUUGGUGACUUUUUCCUUUCUUUCUUCCCCUUUAAUUUUUCUCUCUCUCGUCCUCUUUCAGAAGGGAAAUUGCUCCAUCUCCAGUACAAGAAGCAAGCACUGCUCCUUUUUAUGUUGUGGUCCACGAUGCGCAUGCGCCUCACAUUAGAAUUACUGCACUGGCCAGAAUAAGUUGGAUCUGCUCUUCUCUUCACUGGGGGAAAUCUGCAAAUCUUAGGGAAAAAAAGCAAAAGGCAUGUGGAGGAUCCGUGAGUGGAGCCACUAUAGGAUCUGGUCUUUUCCUCUCCUUGUGGCGAUGGUCUGUGCUCAGAGUGCCAAUGACCCAAGCAAUAUGUCAGUGGUAAAAGAGACCGUGGACAGGCUGUUGAAGGGAUAUGACAUCCGCUUGAGGCCAGAUUUUGGAGGUCCCCCUGUGAGUGUCGGCAUGAACAUAGACAUCGCCAGCAUCGACAUGGUGUCUGAGGUCAACAUGGAUUAUACUCUUACAAUGUAUUUCCAGCAAGCAUGGAGAGAUAAACGAUUGUCCUAUACUGAAAUUCCUCUCAACUUAACACUGGAUAACCGAGUAGCAGACCAGUUAUGGGUCCCAGACACUUAUUUUCUCAAUGACAAGAAAUCAUUUGUCCAUGGUGUAACAGUGAAAAAUCGAAUGAUUCGCUUACAUCCAGAUGGAACAGUUCUGUAUGGUUUGCGUAUUACAACAACAGCAGCCUGUAUGAUGGAUCUCAGAAGAUACCCUCUGGAUGAACAGAACUGUACAUUAGAAAUUGAAAGCUAUGGUUAUACUACAGAUGAUAUUGAAUUCUACUGGAAAGGUGGUGACAAAGCAGUAACAGGAGUGGACAAGAUAGAGCUGCCCCAGUUUUCCAUUGUGGGAUAUGACCUUAUCUCCAAGAAUGUAGUCUUCUCCACAGGUGCCUAUCCUAGACUGUCACUGAGCUUCAAACUGAAAAGAAACAUUGGCUAUUUCAUUCUGCAGACAUAUAUGCCUUCCAUUCUGAUCACUAUACUUUCUUGGGUCUCCUUCUGGAUAAACUAUGAUGCUUCAGCUGCAAGAGUUGCUUUAGGAAUUACUACUGUGCUCACCAUGACAACCAUCAACACACAUUUAAGAGAGACACUUCCAAAAAUCCCUUAUGUGAAGGCUAUCGACAUGUACUUAAUGGGUUGCUUCGUUUUUGUUUUCCUGGCACUACUGGAAUAUGCGUUUGUUAACUAUAUCUUCUUUGGGAAGGGACCACAGAGGCAAAAGAAAGCAGCAGAGAAAGCGGCAAAUGCUAACAAUGAGAAAAUGCGAAUUGAGGCCCUGAAGAUUGAUCCACAUGAAAACAUUUUGCUUAGCACCCUUGAGAUUAAGAAUGAGAUGGCGGCUUCAGAAGCUGUUAUGGGUCUUGGAGUUGGAGACCCUAGAAGUACUAUGCUGGGUUAUGACACAUCAUCCAUCCAGUACAGGAAAGCAGGUCUGACAAGGCAUACCUUUGGACGUAAUGCACUGGAGCAUCCAGUGGUACAGAAGAAAGGUCGUCUACGAAGGCGUGCAUCACAGUUGAAAAUUACAAUACCAGAUUUGACUGAUGUAAAUGCUAUUGACCGAUGGUCACGCAUGAUCUUUCCUACUGUUUUUUCUUUCUUCAAUGUAGUGUAUUGGCUAUACUAUGUGAACUAAUUGAAGCCAUAGAAAUGGGAAGCACUUUAUAUUCAUGAGAUCAGAUUUGAAACAUAAAAAUGGACUUCAUUUUAUUCAGGACAAAUCAUUGUCUUUUGAACACCUUAUUUGCUGGCUAAGACAGUUGUGCUAAUAUCAUUUUUUUUCCAAAAUAUUUUCUUGUAUCAUUUAUGACAUGACAUAGUUGGAAAAAGAAUCCAGACAAUGCCAGGGUAAUGUGUAACUUAAUUUAUAGCAUUUAUAAGUAGGUCUGUAAUGGCCUUUUAAGUUUCUUACUUGUCAAAUAUUUCACUUAAAUCCUUACAGCAUUUGGAAAGAAUCUCAGCAAAUAUUUGAAACAUGCAUAUUCAUCGAUACAUUGUUUUCAGACUUCUUACAGGGUUCUCUAAUAGCCAUUGACAUAUUGUCUCAUAUGGGGUAUCACUCUUCUGAGGGAAAAAUGAAAUGAAUGCCCUGCAUCUUCCUGUUAAUCAGGGAAAGGAAGAAAGCACAUUUAAGUGUCCUUAUUUUUAUUGUAAAUUGUUGUUCUUGUCAAUUUUCCAUAAGUAUAUGGUCCUCUUAAAAUUAUUCCAGAUGGUAACGCCUAUCUCUAUUUUGUUUCUUAUUUGUAUGACUCUUAUCAGCUUUGGCCUACCCAUUUUGUCAAGCAACCUACAAUGAAUGAAGAAUCCUCUCUGUGUUUUUUUUUUUAAUCGGGAGCUUGAAUCUUUUAGUCCAAACUGUUAUCAUUACUGUGCAGUUUAUUGCAAACAUUAUAACAUGCUGACUCUGUUAGGCAGAAUUCAAGUUGCACUGUGGAGCAGGUGAACAGAUGUCAGGGUUCAAAAACUUUUCCUAUGUUUACACUGGUCAUUGAAGUUCUACACCACAGAGUACUGGCGGGUUGAGAGUUAGCAGUUUUUCUGCACAUUUCAUGUAUCACACUUAACCGUUUUUUGAGACAAAGUCAGCGUUUGUUCUAGCAAACGUUUGAGUAUGCCUUAUGCUCUUGCAGUGUCACUGAGGAAUUACAGUGCUUAAUGUUUGCAACAUAGAUAAAAGAUGCAACUCUAAAAUGUUUUAACAUUUUUAGCAAAUCGUAUUUACUCCAAUGUUUUAAAAUUUGUUUGUUAACCAUAAUAGUACAAUCUAUGUAAGUGUAUUCUGUCACAUAAUCAUUAUGAUUUUUUAUCUGUAUAUAAACAUGAACACAAUUAUAUGGUAUUGUUCAGGUUUCAAAGACCACAUCAUUUAUAUCAUCACAUUUUUAUUAAUCCAUUUCUUGUACUUUAAUUUGCAUGCAUUAUCAAUUUGAUUGGCAUUGUUUUAGUUCAUGGGCAAAUUACCAUUUCUGGCCGACUGUCAAUACCUUUUUUGAAGGAGAUGAUGAUGAUUGCAUGUGAUAUAAUGUGAGUAAUCUUCAAUACAAUUAAAACGUUUGGAGGUAUCUUCGUGACUAUAAUAAUGCCAUGAUAGCCUUUAAGGGGAUAUUCAGAGAUGCCCUUUUUCUGAGAGUCAUAAACAUUGUAGAAGUUGUAUGAAUGUGCCUCUAUUCUAAGGUAGACAGUCGCUACUGCACAUAGAUGUGCCUACUACCUAAGCUGGAAACAUUCUGAAAUGGCAGUUGUAAGGGUAACAUGUAGCGUUAGAAAUGUACCUGGAGAAUCAUUAUUUCUUUUUAAACUGAAAAAAAAUGAAACAAAAAGUUAAUGCAACUAAUGAGGAACCAGGAAAGACGUUUUCUUUUCAUGAAAAAAGUGAUAUCACUUUUUUUCUUUCACCCAAGAACUGAUAAUGGUACAUAGGAUUAUUCACUCCUCAACAUUUUAUAAAUCUUUAAAAGGAAAAAGUUCAGCUGUCUAGUGAGCAUUUAAGUUUGUUUGGAUUUCAGCAAUGGCUGUUGUUAACCCUGACUUUUUUACUUUAUAUGUAUCAUUUCUAUGUCCCUAUUAUAGUCACACUAAUAUCAAUACAUUUGAAUACCUUUCAGUUAUAUCCUUAACCACUCUUGGAUAUGGUACAUGAAGAAUUGAUUUAUGAUCUUUAUUCUAACCCUGUGAGAAAAUCAUUAACAUGAAAAAGAAACAUGCAAAAAUGUAAAGUUUGAUCUUAGGUUUUGAUAUCAUUUGUGAAUUUUGCCAGCUAUUAAAUUGCAGAAAUGCUUGGCAAAAAAAGGUAUAGGGACCUCAAAUAACAUUUGUUCAAUACAUUGAGUAAGCAGAUGGUUCUUAAAUAUUUUCACUUUAUAUGUCAGUCAAGUAAUGAGCCAUCAUAUACUUCAUAAAAUAGUUACUCAUUAAUUUUAAACAGAGUUACUUCUGAUAAGUUAUAUUCUAGAUAACAUUCUUUUUUUCCUGGUCCCCAUCAAGAAACACAUUACACCGAAUGACAUUUGACAACCUUUAUUAAAUUUCCAUAAGCAUAAAUGUUACUCAGUAUUCAUUUAUUUCAACCAAACAUAAUACAGAUGAAAUAACAUCCAUGUACAUUAUCUUAGGACAGGACAGCGUAAACCUGCUCAUCCUGAUUAGAGCAGCGUCCAUACCUCCACUCACCUACUUAUGAAGUAGCAUACCCGUUCACUUCUGUUACCAUUUAUUGGUACUUAUCAAGCAGUGUAACUGCUCGCUUUCAUUACCAUUUAUUGUAUUAUACCAUCAACCAAGUAAGCAGCUUCCCCUGCUUACUUAUGUACUUGACAAGCAGCGUAACUGCUCACUUUCCUUUUCCAACUUAUUGAAUUGACCAUCCAGCACCAGAGUGGGAACAGAAGAGAGCAAGCCUGCCCCUCUUCUCUGCCCUGUCCAAACUAAACAUAACCACAUCUCAACUAAUAAAAGAGGGAGGGAGGGAGGGCGGGUAGCAAGUUCAUGCCAAACUGUGACUCCUAAUCCAGUUACACUUGCCUAACAUCCUGUAAGCCCCUCCCUACCCCUACCUCACUUCCUCCUAAACCUUAUCCAUUCCUAUUAACCCUAUCCUCCCAAAUCCUGCAACUUUAACUAACCCCCCCACCUUGAAAAUGUCCCAGGACAAAAUGGUCUGUUCCAAACCUCAUUUCAUUUUGUCAUUUAAGGGGUAGCAUUCAUAAUUUUUUAUCUAUCUCCUGGAAGAAUCCAAUUUUAGAAAAAAAAUAGCAGUUGCAGAAAAUGAUACAUAUACGCAUUUCAGCCAUGAUUAUAAGAUCUUCCAAUCAAGAUGUAACCCCCAUAUCUUCCAUUCCAUUACAGAUAUUCACAAAUUAUUUAUUCUUAAAGCUACAUAUAUGUUUUCCUUUCAGGACAGAAAUAAUGGGGGGGGGGGUGUGUGAUUCCGUCUCAUAAGUAUGAAAAGGAUUAAUGUGCAUACAUAAGUUAUGUCUUUUUUAAUGUAAAGUGUUCUAGUCAGCCAGCAAUUAAGAUGUUUUGUAAUCACUGAGAAACGUUUGUAAACAAAUUAUGACCAUGAAUAAGGCACAGUUUUAAUGCUACAUUUAAAUUGUAUUUAUAUAAAUAUAAAUAUAUAUAUAGUAUGUAUAUGAUUGCUAGCAGAAAUGAUAUGCAUUUUGAACUGAAGUGAAAUUUCUUGCAACAUAUUAUUGUGUUUGCAUACAGAGUAUUCUCUUUCUAUUUCAGGGUAAUUAGAAAAAGUUAAAUCAAGGAAGCAUAACCACAAUUAUAUGUUAGAUAAUAGGUAGCUGGUUAAGAUCAGACCUGCAAACCCAAAACAUAAAUGGUAACAUUUUGUCUUUACCUUAUGAAAAUUGGUGUUCUGAGUAACAGGUAAUAAACAUAUGGCAGAGCACAUCGACAUCCAUACUCAUAGUAUUUUAUGAUAAAGACAAAAGUUACUUACUCUGGAAAAAAAGCACAAUGUUUAUAAUUUGGGAAAGGGCUUUUACUUAUAAAAAUUAAAAUUAGUUCCUUUGUUCACUUAAUAUGUUGAUUUCUUGCUUAUAACAGCUCUUCAGAAACAAUCCCAUUUCUUUUCAUUGCUCGAAGAGCUCUCAGAAAUGACACCUAAUUGUUUAUUGAGAUAAACAGAGACUCUGCCACAGUGUUGUCAGCAUGCAGGUGAAUAUAAACAGUGUCAGAUAUAGUUUGUGAGAAUACCACUUCACUGGAUGCUAAAGUAUUAAUAGAUGCACCACUCCUGAUUUUCAGGAGUGUGAUUAUCAUUUUAUCAGACUAUUGGCACUGCAGUCCAUGAUUUGAGGAACCCACAACUUGAAUAAAUUAACAUGUUUUACAUCUUCAUGACCCCUAAUGGGGCUAAUACAGCAGCCAUUGCAGCUUAUGGCACAUUGUCUUAAUUUGGCAAUGUUUAGAACAUAGCUAUAUCUUCCUUAAUGAUUCUCCUGCAUACAGUUCAAAAUCCUUACCACUUAUAAAAAAAAAAAAAAAAAAAAACAGUCAUGGUCUACUGCUGUACAUAGGAUGGUGCUGGAUUUUAGUUAGUAUUUCACUUCAGUGGAAGUAAAACAUUUGUAUUUUGAGGUUUUCUUUACUUAUUGCAUGCUUAUUGGAAAUAUUUUUACUACUCUCUUUGGUGACUUCCAGCUGGUCAAAUUCUCCUUUGUUGAAGUGUCAAUUACACAUGAACAGAUUCUCUGUUUUCCUCAUAUGACAAAAUGCCUGAAUUUUUAAUUGACAGUGUCUAUACCAAAAAUGUAUUCUGUUUUUGCCAGAAUUUGAAGAUGCAUAGUGCAAGUUUAUCAAACACAUGCUAGUGCCUCUAGUUUAAAGAAUGCAUCACGUCUGAUUGUGUCAUUUUAUUAUUUUUUUGUGAGGUGAUAAUCGUUUAUUUUAUUUUUAAUGUACCAUAUGUUGCUUUUACUUUGGCUUGUAACAAACUGUAUAGAAAACUACAAUGCAAUAUGUUGUUUAUAGUAUUAUUUGUUGAGUACACUGGGGUAAAUUUACUGCAGUAUUAAAAUAUACAUAUAUAUAUAUAUAUAUAAAAACAUAAAUGAGGUAUGGCCAUACAAUGAACAAACACGCAUCAUGUACAUAUCAUCAAAUUUCCUAACAUUUUUAUCUUCUUACUUCUAAUUUAAGAUAAGCCAAGUGCUGAUGCAAUGUUAAUGGCACAGGAGAAGAUGCUAAAAUAUUAUGUAAAUAAUUAUGUAUGUGUGUAGUACUACUUCAGGCUAAGCAGAUAACAUAAAUGCAUUCAUAUCAUUUAUGAUUAGUUUCAGUUACAUUUAUAAUAACUAAAAGAGCAAUUUAAACAUCCCUUUUGGAAAGUAAGAUGGUUCCAAUAAGUGUUGAUAGAUAAGAUGUUUAGACAGAGACAACAAGAAUAUUUCUUAUUCUGUGGUAAGUACAACACCUUUUAUGUUGCUUUGUCUAAUUUAAAACUAAGGAAAAACCAACAAUAGAAACAUUCAAGUUGGAUCAACACUUUUAAUAAGUAAUAUUACUAAUAAAUAAAUACAUAAAAUUA